AUGGCGCGGCGCUCGUCUACGCUGCUCCUCGCCUUCCUGCUUCUCGCUGGCCUCUACUUCUUUGCCGGAUCGCCCGGCAGAACGCUGCUCCACCGCAGGGCCUUCAAGAGCUGCGUCCUCGACCCCGAACUGGCCCGCCGUGCCGAAAACGCCAAGGUUCCCACCAUCACCAAAAAGCAGACACUACGACAUCUUUUCGGCCUCCCAAGUCUCCUUGACAACUCCAACCACUGCUACAACGCAACCACACGCCUAGCGCCCUAUGGAUUCGACCCGACCAAUGUGUAUAAUGACGAAAACUCAUUCUGGCUCGGUCGCGAUUGGAGCAAGGAACAGCAUGAGUGUGCCGCGAGGAACGGCCUCUUGCCCGGCCGCGCGACCGAGCCGCGCAAGCGCUUCCAUCUUCCCGACCACGAGUCGCAGCGUUAUCUUACCGUCCAGUCGCCGGAUAAAGACCAAAGGAAGCGGACCGCGCGGACCGCCGUCGUCAUGAGGACUUCGGAGAACUUCAAUUGGGCUGGAGACGUUACCGCGUACAUCAGGUCAUUGAUCAUCGAGUUGUCCCUUGAGUCUGGUGGGGUGUACGAACUCUUCAUUCUGAUCCAAGUGAAGGACUUGAAGCAGCACAUCUUCAUGGACCCCAAGGCGUAUGACCGUGUUCUUCAGAAGCAUGUGCCCGAGGAGUUCAGAGGGAUGGCCUACUUAUGGAAUGAGAAUCUCCUGAAGGCAUGGUACCCCGAAGUGCCUGACCACAGCUACAUUCAUCAAGCAUAUCAGGCCUUGCAGUUAUUUGCCAAUAACAUUGCUCCCGAUUUUGACUUCUUCUGGCAAUUCGAAAUGGACUGGCGCGCAACUACACCUCACCUCAAGGCCUUCGAACGCAUGGCUUCAUGGGCGAAAAAGCAGCCGAGGCAUUAUCUUACCAACAUGAACUCCGCAUGGUACCUCCCCAGCCUCCAGGGCUCGUGGCGCGACCUCUGGAUGCUGAUGAACGAGACGCUAUGGAACAACAAGCACGCCGAGGAAUUCCAUGAGCACGGCGAGAAAUGGGGCGUUGGUGAAGAAGCGGAUCUCAUCACCCUUGCUCCAAUCGUUGAUGUCCGUACCACAAACUUCUGGCUGUUUAGAGGCAUGGUCCACAACGAUCCGCUUCAGAUCAAGAAGAAAAAACUGCCGCAUUUUGCCGCGCCGGUUGCCAUGACGCGCACUUCAAAGCAUUUGCUCACCACUGUCCAUACACUGCAACAACAAUACGGAUUCUGGAUGGCUUCAGAGGCUACCAUGGAGACUAUGGCCUACCACCACGGUUACAAGGCGGUGCAUGUGCAGCAUCCCGUCUUCUUCAACGGAACCGAGGAUGACCAGAUGAUUGAUUGGCUAUUCAAUUCCGGAGGCCCGGAAAACCUUGGAGGCGGCCCAGACAGCCAGUACAAUUGGGAAGGCGCCGCACACAAAGUUCUGGAGAAGCUAACCUGGUGGUGGCCCCGUGAAGGAUACGAUCACUACCCGCAGCACGUGUGGUCAGACUUUCUCAAGAAGGGGACUUGCUUGCCUCCUGGGAUGUUCCACCCGUUCAAGUGGGAGAAAUUCAAAUCCCCCAAAUGA